CUCCUGUCACGCGGCGUUGACCGACUGAUUCGUGACUGUCAGCUGCCGGGCGACUUUCCUACACACCGUCCACAAAUGCCCAUCUCACUCGCCUCUGAUUCGAUUAACCCUCAGAUCGCUGGCAUACAGCCUGAGUUGUAUGACCCAAGACUAGUCCUGGACUCCACUGAAUUCCGCAUCCUAGGACACAACGAACGACCCACAAGCAAAGGCACAAAUAUUGCCUGUUUUACUAAUCCUAACCAUGAACUGCAUCUUGUGGAGAAACCCAUCCCAAAACCAGGGAAGGGACAGGUCUUGUUGCACGUGAAGGCAUCAGGGAUUUGUGGGUCCGACUGUCACUUUUGGAAGCAUGGCAGGAUCGGCGACACCAUGGUGGUUAGGGAUGAGCAUGGACUCGGGCACGAAUCAGCAGGGGAAGUCAUAGAAGUUGGUGAAGGUGUCACGAAGUGGGUCAAAGGCGACCGAGUGGCCAUCGAGGCAGGUGUGCCGUGUUCCAAGCCAUCCUGCGAAUUUUGUCGAUCAGGGCGGUACAAUGCUUGUCCGGACGUCAUAUUCUUUUCUACCCCCCCAUACCAUGGCUUGUUAUCUCGCUUCCAUGUGCAUCCUUCCGCGUGGUUGCAUCCCUUGCCCGAGAAUCUUACGUUCGAGGAAGGCGCUCUCGUCGAGCCUCUUGCGGUUGCCCUUGCCGGCAUCGAGCGCGCCAAGCUUGCCUUGGGUGAUCCACUCCUGAUUUGUGGCGCGGGGCCGAUAGGUGAGCAGGGAGGACAGACUACAUUCACGCUGCCGGGCAUCUCGAUGAUGUUGGGCUGUCUAGGAAUCAUUACCCUUCUAGCGUCCCGGGCCGCAGGAGCGGAGCCGAUUGCCAUCACUGAUUUGGACGCUUCGCGCCUCGAUUUUGCGAAGAGCUUGGUUCCAAGUGUGAAGACUGUCCAAGUUCUUCGAGACGAAACUGGAAAAGAGACGGCUGACAGAGUAAAAGAUACACUGCGAAUGCUGCCUCGUAUUGCCAUAGAAUGUACGGGGGUAGAGUCCAGUGUUCACACUGCAAUCUAUUCUGUCAAAUUUGGGGGUCUAGUAUUUGUUAUCGGUGUCGGCAAAGAGAUACAGAACAUCCCGUUCAUGCACCUUUCCGCCCACGAAAUCGACAUGAAGUAUCAGUAUCGUUAUGCUGAGCAGUACCCAAAGGCCAUACGGCUCAUUUCCGCUGGACUUAUCAAUGUGAGGCCCCUUGUGACGCACCGAUACGCACUGGAGGACUCGUUGCAGGCAUUUGAGACGGCCGCAGAUUAUAGUAAGGGAAGCAUCAAAGUCCAGAUUGUCGAUUGAUGCGGUGCGAUGAUGCUGGAAAGGUUCGGUGAGGCGGCAGCCGAAUUGCCCAUCAAGGAGUUGAACACAUCUGUACGAUUUA